GCAGCCAGGCUGCCGGAGAGCUGAUCUCGGAGAUUCGGGUGCGGAGCCCUUGGCCUGGAGGCGAUAUGGGUGGUCCGUGGCCUGGUUCAGUCGUUUGCAGCCGCCUAGGGAACAGGCCUGUCUGGCCCUAAGGGAGCCCUCUUUCGAAGUGGUGGUGCUCAGAAGACCUGCUCUCUACGUUGCUGGGGCACCUGUAGGUGUCCCUCGAGAGCUCAGUUUUGAGGUUCAAGUCAGUGUGGCCAUGAAGGGGCUGCCUAUUGGGCUGAUGCUGUGACCCCGGAGUCUUCCUCUCCUGCCAGUCCCCCUGCCCGGAACAUGUGGCUGCAGCCCUCGUUGUCCCUGAGCCCCACGCCCACAGUUGGCCGGAGCCUGUGCCUCACCCUGGGCUUCCUCAGUUUGGUGCUGAGGGCCAGUACCCAGGCCCCGGCACCCACAGUCAAUACUCACUUUGGGAAGCUAAGGGGUGCCAGAGUACCAUUGCCCAGUGAAAUCCUGGGUCCUGUGGACCAAUACCUGGGGGUACCCUACGCAGCUCCCCCGAUCGGCGAGAAACGUUUCCUGCCCCCUGAACCACCCCCAUCCUGGUCGGGCAUCCGGAACGCCACACACUUUCCCCCAGUGUGCCCCCAGAACAUCCACACAGCUGUGCCCGAAGUCAUGCUGCCAGUCUGGUUCACUGCCAACUUGGAUAUCGUCGCCACUUAUAUCCAGGAGCCCAACGAAGAUUGCCUCUAUCUGAAUGUGUAUGUGCCCACGGAAGAUGUAAAGCGGAUUUCCAAGGAAUGCGCCCGAAAGCCCAACAAGAAAAUUUGUAGGAAAGGAGGAUCCGGCGCUAAGAAACAGGGCGAGGACUUAGCGGAUAAUGACGGGGAUGAAGAUGAAGACAUCCGAGACAGUGGUGCUAAACCUGUCAUGGUCUACAUCCACGGAGGCUCUUACAUGGAAGGAACAGGCAACAUGAUUGAUGGCAGUGUUCUUGCAAGUUACGGCAACGUCAUCGUCAUCACCCUCAACUAUCGGGUCGGGGUGCUAGGUUUCCUGAGCACUGGGGAUCAGGCUGCCAAGGGCAACUAUGGGCUCCUUGAUCAAAUCCAGGCCCUUCGCUGGGUGAGUGAGAAUAUUGCCUUCUUUGGAGGAGAUCCCCGUAGAAUUACUGUCUUUGGCUCUGGCAUCGGUGCAUCCUGUGUCAGUCUCCUCACACUGUCUCAUCAUUCUGAGGGGCUUUUCCAGAGGGCCAUCAUCCAAAGUGGCUCCGCUCUAUCUAGCUGGGCUGUGAACUACCAACCAGUGAAGUACACCAGCUUGCUGGCAGACAAAGUGGGCUGUAACGUCCUGGACACUGUGGAUAUGGUGGAUUGUCUUCGACAAAAGAGUGCCAAGGAGCUGGUAGAACAGGACAUUCAGCCAGCCCGCUACCAUGUGGCUUUUGGCCCUGUGAUUGAUGGUGAUGUCAUUCCUGAUGACCCUGAGAUCCUCAUGGAACAGGGAGAGUUCCUCAACUAUGAUAUCAUGCUAGGCGUCAACCAGGGUGAGGGUCUCAAGUUUGUGGAAGGGGUGGUGGACCCCGAGGAUGGUGUCUCUGGCACUGACUUUGACUACUCUGUCUCCAAUUUUGUGGACAAUCUGUAUGGCUAUCCUGAGGGUAAGGACACCCUGCGGGAGACUAUCAAGUUCAUGUAUACGGACUGGGCAGACCGAGACAACCCUGAGACCCGCCGUAAAACACUGGUGGCACUCUUCACUGACCACCAGUGGGUGGAGCCUUCAGUGGUGACAGCUGAUCUACACGCCCGCUAUGGCUCACCUACCUACUUCUACGCCUUCUACCAUCACUGCCAGAGCCUCAUGAAGCCCGCAUGGUCAGAUGCAGCACACGGGGAUGAAGUGCCCUAUGUUUUUGGUGUCCCUAUGGUAGGGCCCACUGACCUUUUCCCCUGCAACUUCUCCAAGAAUGAUGUUAUGCUCAGUGCUGUUGUCAUGACGUAUUGGACCAACUUUGCCAAGACCGGGGAUCCCAACAAGCCGGUACCCCAGGAUACCAAGUUCAUUCACACCAAGGCCAACCGCUUUGAGGAAGUGGCCUGGUCCAAAUACAAUCCCCGGGACCAGCUCUACCUUCACAUCGGGCUGAAACCAAGGGUUCGUGAUCAUUAUCGGGCCACAAAGGUAGCCUUUUGGAAACACCUGGUGCCCCACCUGUACAACCUGCAUGACAUGUUCCACUAUACAUCCACGACCACCAAAGUGCCGCCCCCGGACACCACCCACAGCUCCCACAUCACCCGUAGGCCCAACGGCAAGACCUGGAGCACCAAGCGGCCAGCCAUCUCACCUGCCUACAGCAAUGAGAAUGCCCCUGGGUCCUGGAAUGGGGACCAGGAUGCGGGGCCACUCCUGGUCGAGAACCCUCGAGACUACUCCACUGAAUUAAGUGUCACUAUCGCUGUGGGGGCCUCCCUCCUGUUUCUCAAUGUGUUGGCCUUUGCUGCCCUCUAUUACCGUAAGGACAAACGGCGCCAGGAGCCCCUGAGGCAGCCUAGCCCCCAAAGGGGAACUGGUGCCCCUGAAUUGGGAACUGCUCCGGAGGAGGAGCUGGCAGCAUUGCAGUUGGGUCCCACUCACCAUGAAUGUGAGGCCGGCCCCCCACAUGACACACUGCGCCUCACAGCACUGCCCGACUAUACCCUGACCCUGCGGCGCUCCCCUGAUGACAUCCCACUCAUGACUCCCAACACCAUCACUAUGAUUCCUAAUUCCCUGGUUGGGUUGCAGACCUUGCACCCCUAUAACACCUUUGCCGCAGGGUUCAACAGUACCGGGCUGCCCCACUCACACUCCACUACCCGUGUAUAGCUCUAUCCCGGAGCACAGCCCAUCUCCCAGCUCCCUCCCUCCUAGACCCACAAACACACAUGCACACACAUACACAUAUAUGUACACGCACGCACCCACACCCUACAGCAGACCCAUCUGCAUAAACACAGACAGAUGUGGACAUGCACCCGCAUGUACAAAAACACAAAUCCAGACGUGAACCUGAAUAGGCCCUUCAAAUGGGGACACAUACGAGUCCUUGGUACCAAGGGCCCAUGGAACAGCAGCUGGAACCAGCUCCUUGAGCCCGACCACAGACACUCCUGGGGCCCUGGAAGCCACAACCGGACACCCCCUUGGUGCUUGCCUUCUCGGAACUGCACCUCUACCAACUGCAGACUCGGGAGCUUUAAAGAGCAGGAUAGCUCUUCCUCCCCCAGACUUGGUCUUUUCUCUGGGUCUUGUUUUUGUUGAUUUUUUUUUUAAUUGGAACCAAUGCUUUUCCAGCCCAUUGAGUGCUAAGCACCUCUGGAAGGGAGGGCUCCAAGAUCAGGACUCUCUGGUUCUGGGACUCCCAAUGUUCAUACAAUCAGACCAAGGAGAAGGACCCUCCAAGACAGUGACAGAUGGGCACAAGACUAUGGGGUGAGAGGAGGAAGAGGCUAGCAAUGGAUGGGGCUUGAGGGCCAGCAAGGACAGAGCACCAACUGGCUCUGGACCUCCCAGAGAGGACUGCAGAGCCUACACAGGGUGGCCUGCUUCUGCAAAGGCCAGCAGCAGCAGCCUGACUGGAGGAGCUUAGGCUUGGUGAACUAAGUACUGUGGAGGCCCUGACCUUAUUGGGCCCCGGGGUAUAUAAUCUGGGUUCUGCCUCUGCUCUGCCCUUGGGGACAUGAUAUCAGAAAUUUGCCCCAUUUUCUUUACAGUCUCUUUGUGUCUGUCAUUUCUCUUUCAAAACAACGGUGUUUUUUUUUUCUUUUUCUUUUU